AUGAUUCGAUCUUUACAGAUUCCAGUUCCGCCGCGGCCGAACAUCUUGGCGGACUCCUUUCUCCGACGUGGGUUCUCCGCGAUCGGAUUGAAGUGGGCUAGCGGCGGAGUUGGAGCUGUCGCACGGAGAACGGAGCUCGAUCCUCACACCUAUUCCCGGAACUUGCAGUGGUGCAUCGCAGACGGCGAUGCCGCCAGGGGAAGAGCUCUUCACUGCCACGGUCUUAAAAUGGGCGCCGCUUUGGAUCUGUUCUCGCAGAAUGUGCUCCUCAACAUGUACGUGAAAUCAUAUCUUAUUAGUGACGCUCGUCAGCUGUUCGAUGAGAUGAAUGAGAGAAAUACUAUCUCAUUUGUGACGUUGAUACAGGGAUAUGUCCUCGGCGGGGAAUUCGAUCAGGCUGCCGGACUUUUUUUACGACUCCACCGGGAAGGUCUUGAGUUUAACCCGUUUGUGUUCACCACGGUUUUGCAACUGGUUGUAAAUAUGGAACUUUCGGAGUUUUGUAUGCCCAUCCAUGCCCACAUUUGCAAGCUCGGCCAUGAAUUGGAUGCCUUCAUUGGGGCGUCUUUGAUUGAUGCUUAUUCACUUUGCGGGCAUGUCGCUGAUGCUAGAAAGGUCUUUGAUGGGAUAUUGGAAAAGGACCUGGUUUCUUGGACUGGAAUGGUUGCUUGCUAUGCGGAAAAUGAUGAUGGUGAGAAGGCCGUAGAGACAUUCUGCCAGAUGAGGAAAAUCGGUUUCAGACCGAAUAAUUUCACACUUGCUAGUUCGCUAAAGGCUUCUGUUGCCUUGGUAGACCUUCCACUCGGCAAGAGUAUCCAUGGCUGUACCAUAAAAUCUCGCUAUGAUUGUGACCUUUAUGUGAGUGGUGCACUUCUUGACAUGUAUGCCAAGUGUGGAAGCAUACAAGAUGCCCGUUUGGUUUUUGAGUUAAUUCCCCAAUGUGAUAUUAUUCUUUGGAGUUACAUGAUUGCACGAUAUGCGCAAGGCAAUCUAAAUGAGGAGGCUUUGGAGCUUUUCCAGUGUAUGAUGCAUGCUUCCCUUGUUCCUAAUCAGUUUACUUUCUCAAGUAUCCUACAGGCAUGCGCUAACAUGGCGUCCUUGGGAUUAGGUGAACAGGUGCAUGGUUAUGUACAUAAGAUUGGACUGGUCUCGGAAUUAUAUGUUGCAAAUGCUCUUAUUGAUGUAUAUGCAAAGUGUGGAGCAUUGGAGGCGGCAAUGAAAAUAUUUUAUGGCCUGGAAAAUAAAAACGAAGUUUCCUGGAAUACAGUUAUUGUGGGGAAUGUGCAGUUAGGUUUUGGGGAGGAUGCAUUAAUUCUAUUCCACCAAAUGCGUGAUGCUCAAGUACCAGGAACGCAAGUCACAUAUUCUAGUGCUCUUCGGGCAUGUGCGAGUGUAGCUGCAAUGGAGCAAGCAGCCCAAAUUCACGGUUUAAUCGCCAAGACUUUUUUUAAUGAUGACAUGAUUGUCCACAAUGCUUUGAUCGACACAUAUGCAAAGUGUGGGGCCAUUGAUUAUGCUCGUAAAGUCUUUGAUUCUAUGAAGGAGCAUGAUGCCAUUUCUUGGAAUACUAUGAUUUCGUCGUACUCUCUGCAUGGUUUAGCGCUAGAAGCAUUGAAACUAUUCGGCAGAAUGAAUGAAACAAAGAUUAAACCCAAUGCCAUGACUUUCAUUGGGGUCUUGUCAGCUUGUACAAAUGUGGGUUUGGUUGACCGGGGUUUAUCUUAUUUUUGUUCUAUGAUUCAGGGCCACGGAAUCGAGCCAAGCAUGGAACAUUACACUUGCAUGGUCAAGCUUCUGGGCCGCUCUGGCCGUUUUGAUGAGGCCUUGAGGUUUAUCAGUGAAAUUCCUGUAAAACCCAAUGCCAUGGUAUGGCGUGCAUUGCUUGGGACGUGCUUAGUUCACAAAAAUGUUGAGGUAGGAAGAGUUUGUGGGAAGCAGGUGCUUGAAUUAGAACCACACGAUGAGUCUACACAUGUAUUACUGUCCAAUAUGUACGCUACUGCAGGGAAAUGGGAUGAGGUGUCCCACAUCAGAAAAUCGAUGAGAGAAAAAGGUGUAAAGAAAGGACCCGGCCUUAGCUGGAUACAGAGCCAGGAUAAAGUUCAUUCUUUUGCUGUUGGAGACAUGUCGCACCCAGAUAUGAGAGUAAUUAAGGCGAUGCUGGAAUGGUUAAACGGAAAGGUUAGGAAAUCUGGUUAUAUUCCCCAUAAAGAUGUAGUUUUACAUGACAUCGGUGAAGAUCAAAAAGACCACUUACUAUGGGUGCAUAGUGAGAGGCUCGCGAUUGCAUAUGGGCUAAUAAUUACACCACCCGGAAGGUCAAUUCGUAUUAUCAAGAAUCUCCGCUGCUGCUUGGAUUGUCAUACUGUAAUCAAGUUAAUCUCUGAGGUUACUCAACGUGAGAUCAUUGUUAGGGACAUGAAUCGUUUCCAUCACUUUGACCAUGGGAACUGCUCCUGUGGCGAUUACUGGUAG